UCCAUGAGGCCUUCGCAGAAAGCUAGUUCAGAUGGCGCAGAGCUCAGUCUAGCCUGGGUCCUCUUUCGGCUCCACCUCGCGGAGGAUUCUGGGAAGUGACGUUGUCGGUCCGGGUGGUGGGGCUGGUUUCCAUAGCCCGCGGCGCCGGGAGGCUGCUUUUCUGUGGAGUAAUAGAUAACAUCUGUUAGCUCUGAAGAUGCUUCUCUAAGGAACAAAUGGCAUUGGUUCCUCAGGUUUUUGUUGACCAUAUUCUAUUCGGACAUUGUGGAUUCUUGAAAGGACUUUGUUCUUAAUCAAAAAAACAAACUGAAGAAGAAAUGGCUGUUGGACUUUGUAAAGUCAUGUCCCAGGGGUUGGUGACUUUCAAAGAUGUGGCUCUAGACUUUUCCCAAGAGGAAUGGGAAUGGUUGGACCCAUCUCAGAAGGAUUUAUACAGAGAAGUCAUGUUUGAAAACUACAGGAACUUGGCAUGGCUUGGCCUCUCCAUUUCUAAGCCCAACAUGAUCUCCUUAUUGGAGCAAGGAAAGGAACCUUGGAUGGUGGAAAGAAAGAUGUCACAUGAUCAGUGUGCAGACUGGGAGUCAUGGUGUGAAAUGAAGGAAUUGUCUCCAAAAUUGUUCAUUGAUGAGGAAGAAAUAUCCCAGUGCAUGGUAACAGAAAGACUCACAAGUCAUGGCCUUGAAUGCUGCAGUUUCAGAGAAGGCUGGAAAUAUGAGGGGUUUGAGUGGUAUCGGGGAAAUCAGGAGAGCCAUUUCAGGCAAAUGACAACUCUUAAGGACAUCUCUACUGGGAAAAGACACAAUGAAUAUAAUAAUUCUGGGAGAAGCCUCCCCCUGAAGUCAGUACUGUUAGCACAACAGAGAGUUCCCACAGUAAAACAAGCCCAUAAAUUUGAUAUAUAUGAUAAAUUCUUCACCCAAAAUUCAGUUAUAAUUGAAUAUGAAAGACUCCAUGCUGAGAAGGAAUCUUUGACAGAUAAUGAAUAUGAAGAAUUGAAUCAAAUUACUCACUUUAAUAAAGAUACACGAAUUCCUUCUGGUGAGAAACCUUAUAAAACUAAUAAUUUUUCAAAUUUCUUAAGUAUCCACUCAUUAUUUACUGAACAUCCAACUCAACAUAAUCAUUUUGGAAAAUUACCCCAUGAAUAUGAUGAAUGUGGUGAAGUCUUAAGCUGUUACUCAUUCUUUAAUCAACCUCAGAGAAUUCACAGUGGAGAGAAAGCAUGUGCAUGCAAUGACUGUGGGAAAGCCUUUAGCCAUGACUUCUUUCUCAGUGAACACCAAAGAACUCAUAUUGGAGAGAAGCCAUAUGAAUGUAAAGAAUGUAACAAAGCCUUCAGGCAGAGCGCACACCUGGCUCAGCACCAGAGAAUCCACACAGGAGAGAAACCCUUUGCAUGCAUUGAAUGUGGGAAGGCCUUUAGCCGUUAUGCCUUCCUUGUUGAACAUCAGCGAAUUCACACAGGAGAGAAACCAUAUGAAUGUAAGGAGUGUAAUAAAGCCUUCAGACAGAGCGCACACCUUAAUCAGCACCAGAGGAUUCACACUGGAGAGAAACCCUAUGAAUGUAAUCAGUGUGGAAAGGCCUUCAGCAGACGCAUAGCCCUCACUCUUCAUCAAAGAAUUCACACAGGAGAGAAACCCUUCAAAUGUAAUGAGUGUGGGAAGACUUUUGGCUAUCGCUCACACCUUAAUCAACAUCAGAGAAUUCAUACCGGAGAAAAGCCCUAUGAGUGCAUCAAGUGUGGCAAGUUUUUCAGGACUGACUCACAGCUUAAUCGACAUCAUAGAAUUCAUACUGGAGAGAGACCAUUUGAAUGCAGUAAAUGUGGGAAAGCCUUCAGUGAUGCUUUAGUUCUAAUUCACCAUAAGAGAAGCCAUGCAGGAGAGAAACCCUAUGAUUGUAGCAAAUGUGGGAAGGCCUUCAGUUGUGGCUCCUACCUUAACCAACACCAGAGAGUUCAUACAGGAGAGAAACCCUAUGAAUGUGAUGAAUGUGGGAAGGCUUUCCAUCAGAUCUUGUCCCUUAGACUACACCAGAGAAUUCAUGCUGGAGAGAAACCCUAUAAAUGUAAUGAAUGUGAGGAUAAUUUUAGCUGUGCCUCAGCUCUCAGACGACAUCAGCGAAUUCAUAAUAGAGAAACACUAUGAUAAUAACAAAUAUAGGAAAGAAAUCAUUUAGUCACCAUCCAGUCCUUAUCGAAUAUCAGUGAAUUCUGUUUGAUUAGUAAAGUCUACUAUGUAGUCCAUAUGAAAAAGCCUUUAGUACACCAUCAUCCAUUAUUUGAAAUGACUGGAGUAGUAGACUUUCUCCCCUGCUCAGUACCCCACCCUCAAUUUUUUUGAUUCUGAUGAAACUGUUAUUCAAGGACAACAGUAGAUUGGUCACAGGCUGGCCAAUUAUUUCCCCUCAACCUAGUUAUUAAUAAAAUAGCCCCUUCUGGACCAAUACAGUCCUUGAAGUAUUGUUAAGAGUAGUAAAAAUUAUAAUUUCUAUUUUUGGAAUUUCAAGCUUUGAGGAUUUAAUGGGGUUAAAAACUCACCAGUAGCCUUUGCCAUCCCAUGUGGAAAGCCUUCCCAAAGAGAUUUCUAAUAGAGGAAAGUGGACAUGAGAAACAGAAAUCUGAUGACAUUGUUUGAUCUGGAACCGUCAUACAUGUUGACUGCACAUCCUUUACUUUUGUUUUCAUGAUUCAAUAAAUUUCCUUUUUUUUUUUUUGCUUAUGGUAAUUUGAAUUAGAUUUUUGCCUCUUGGAAUUAGAAUACCAACUCAUAUACCUUAUAUUUGUAAUACUUAAUCUUUUAUAUGGCAUAAUCCAGGCACAAUGGCACAUGCCUAUAAUCCCAAGGAUUUAGGAGGCAAAGGAUUGAAAGUUCAAGGCUGGCCUCAGCAACUUAGGGAGAGCCUGUUUCAAAAAAUAAAAGAGAAAGUGCUAGGGAUGAAGCUCAGUGGUAAUGCACCUCUGGGUUUAAUUCACAGUUCAAGAAAAAAUAUAGGGCUUAUCCAAAGGAGAAACAUCAUAUAACAAUUAUGUGAAAAUUGAGUACACAACCUUCUGUAAGCUGAGAUAAUUGUUACAAUUUGUUGAUAAAAAUUUAAUGUGAAGCUGGA